AUGAGUAAAGUCCCAGCUCGAGUUGACGGAAGAUUUAGGCUGGGAAAGAUUCUGGGAUCUGGGUCAUAUGCUGUUGUAUACCACGCACAGAACUUCCUCAAUGAUGAUGUAGUUGCCAUCAAACUUGAGCCCCUCACCUCUCGCCCAUCUUCUGUGGAGCGCGAAUACAAAAUUCUGAAACGACUUGGAAAUGGAGUUGGGAUCCCCCAUGUCAUUUGGUUCGGUAGGGAAUCGACAUAUCACGCUUUGGCUCUUGAACUCCUUGGCCCAUCAUUGCAUGAUAUCUUCAAGACACGCAACCGACAAUUCAGCCUUCACACUGUCGUGAAUAUAGGAGACCAGCUGGUACUGGGUCUUGGCGAUUCAACGCAAACUCUCUUUGUCGUCGAUUUUGGUAUCACAAAGAUGUACUGGAACACUGCAACCGAAACACACAUACCAUUUCGCAGGGGGCACCCUCUCACAGGCACUCCUGCCUUCGCUUCAAUCAACAACCACUUGGGCUUGGAGCCAGGCCGCCGUGAUGACCUUGAGUCGUUUGCAUAUAUGUUGAUCUAUUUCUUACUUGGCUCCCUUCCAUGGCUAACUAGCAACCAUGAGAAGCUCUCCACCUCUGACAUACUCAAGCGCAAAGUGGACACAACCAUUGCAGAUUUAUGUGAUGGUAUUCCUUCUGAAUUUGCAAACAUUCUUGUCUACUCGCGGUCCCUUUCGUUCUCAGAAGAUCCCGACUAUGAUUAUCUUCGCUCAAUGCUUCGCGGACUUCGCACCACAGAAAUUGGCUUGCUGGAUUUCAUCCAGCCCAAUGACCCUAUUGCCAACAUGGAGGGUUCAACAGGAUUUGGGUAUGGCGACUGGUUAAGACUCGUAGUGGCUUUCGUUCCUAGGCAUUAUCUGUAG